CCCGGAAAGGUGUCCAGGUUGGUGUGGACAUGAGACCGUUUGCGAGCAUCGGAGAUGUUACGCAUGUGGGCUCGUUGAUGUACGAGUGCAACGCCGGGAUCGAAGACUCGCCGGCCAAGUGGACCGAAGAACGAACUUCAUUCCAUGACCUUGUUCGGUACAUCGCCGAGGAAUCUCGUUUUGCGUUUCCCGUACUCGUUAUCAACUGGGUGACUCGUGAGAUGUCACAUGCGGACCUUGACGCUAGACUUCACCUCUCGGCACUGUGUGCUGAAAUGGGUCCGGCGGUGUCAGGCCUGUUCGUCCUCAAUAUUAGUACUACUGGCGAAGCAGACAUUACUCCGGGGUUGCAGAGUUUGGCCGCAAGCGUUUCUGCACGGCACAGUCCAUCCCACAUCAAGCGACUUCUGGAAGAACGGAAGCGAAAGAAGAGAGAACCGAGUCCGGAGACGGUGGCAGCUGAAGCCGAGAAGAUGACGAACGGUGCUAAAAAGCCGCGUUCGGAACCGAAGACGGCGGCCGCAGUACGCACGCCGCCGGCUGCGAUUCCCAGAAAUUUCAAAGACGAGAAAGCAAAUGCGGCGCCCUACAUGCCCAGUGCCCUCCAGAAGCUGCAGAAGAUUAUGGCAGCAGCGAAGGCAGAGUUAGAGGAGGCGAAAAGGUUGACGGUCUGACAGUAUUAGUAGACUAAGGCAUUCUGGGAUAUGAUAUUUUGGCGUAUUCGGAGU